CCCCGAACAGAGGACCCGUUCCCCGGACUCGGACCGUGACUGUUCCCGCGGACAUGUCGGGCUGUCGUCGGGAGAUAAACUGGCGCCGCCGCCUCUGAGCCGGGGGGCUUCGGUCUUGGUUAGCAGCUAGCUCCGACACCCACACUCAGGACGGUGCAGAGCUGCAGGGCGAGCAGCGUCUCCCUCCCUUCCCCGUCGUCCAUGUCUGAGCUCUGGGCCUAAACCUUAGGCUGAAGGUUGGACCUGUCCAAUGACCUGCCAGUCCUCCGAGUCCACAGAAACCAUUGAGGGCGACCAACGAGCCGACAACAACUCCAGAGCUGUGGAAUCUGACGAGAGCCGCAUCGCCUUGGCCAUGAAGGACCUGAAGAACACAGGUUGGUACUGGGGCAGUCUGACCGCUAACGAAGCCAAAGAGAUCCUCCAGGACGCCUCGGAGGGGACCUUCCUGGUGCGGGACAGCUCUCAGAGGGAUUACCUGUUCACCAUCUCCGCCAUGACGUCGGCCGGUCCCACCAACCUGCGCAUCGAGUACAAACACGGCAAGUUCAAGCUGGACUCGGUGGUUCUGGUCAAACCCAAGCUGAAGCAGUUCGACAGCGUGGUCCACCUGGUGGAGCACUACGUCCAGCUGUCCCGGACCAGCGACAAGGCGGCGGCGUCGAGCCCUCAGCCGUCGGUGGCGCCGCCUAACGGCACGGUGCAGCUGCUGCUCACCAAACCGGUGUACACGGCCACGCCCUCGCUGCAGCACCUGUGCCGCAUCGCCAUCAACAGGAGGACGCGGCGGGUCCAGGACCUGCCGCUGCCCAACAGACUGAAGGACUACUUGACGGACUACGCCUACAACGUGUAGGCAGGAAGGGGCGGAGCUACAGCUCACCGUGGAGUGAUACCAGUGCGAUGCAUCAGCUGUGUGCCACGCCCACCUGACCACUGACCACGCCCCCUCACCUGCGGGUCACAGGGGAGGAGCAAUAAUCAGCGGUGAGUCGUCAUCGCCGCGGGCUGAGGACAGACGGACGGACGGACGGCGAAGAUGAUCAGACCCUGGUCUCUGAUCACAGGAAGCCGAUUCCUUCAAAAUAAAAGUCCCUGAUAAGGUCCUGACAGUUGCCGCCAUGUUGGUCCUGAAACUGACCACGACAACAGAACACGCCCCCGUCACACUUCAACCCUGAGACACUUCCUCUUUUCAAAACAAAAGUCCAAACCAGACCCACAUGUAAGUACAGUUUUUAUCGAACCUGGAUCUGUGGAAACUGAUCAGUGUUUUCAGUAUUGAUUAAUGAUUUUUAAAUCAGUGAAAAUAACAUCAGUUAAUGAUCCAGAAGUUUCUCUGCCGAGUGAAUCAAACAGAGGAGAGCUGAGAUCAGACGAUUGAUUAUCAAUACUGUUACUGAUCAGUUUCAGGUACAAACACGACAGCAGGAAGUGUCACCUGAGCCAAAGAAACUUUAUUUAUAACAACCAUUAAACAAUCUUUACAACUAGAAGAAAAAGAAAACUGGAGAAGCAGCUGAUCAAUCCAGCUGAUACAGAAACAAUAUUUGUUUAUAAAAAACCUGAACAAUAAAGUUUUGUCCAAAUUUGAACAGUACACCUCCUCCUCCCGUGUUAUUCCCACCUGUAAACACAGGAAACGGAGCCGUCUGAUUGGUCGAUGGGCGACCUGCGACCAUGAACGGCAGCGUAGAAAACAAACACAUGUCCUCGAUCGAUUUCACCUGAACAAAUGUCAGUGUCUCAGCUGUCUGACCUCUGACCUCUGUGUUCGACUUUGUACCUGCUGGAUGUAGUACCUGUGACUCUGAGCCAAUCAGAGCGCAGAAAAACACAGGAGCUGUUUAAUACUGCGCUGCUGAAACUACAACCAAUCAAUCAGUUUAUCCAUUGAUCCUCUGUUUUUAAAGAGACAGAGUUUUCAAACGUCUGGUUUAUUUCCAAAACCCUCCAAAAAAUCUGAGAUGCUGGAGACUGAAAAGAUAAAUUGAUUAGAUUAGAGCUGCUGAUCGAUUAAUUGAUCCAGCUCUACUACCCAUAAUUCCACAGUGAACAUGUCCUCAGAGCUUCUGCUUUCUAUGGAGACAGUUUAACCAAACUCCAUUUAAAAACUUCAUGUUUUUAGGAUUCACUGUUGAUUAUUGAUUUCUUCCAUCUGACAGCACAUAAACAACCAGUGUGUUUGAAAACUGGGUCUUCAGCUCACGUUUGAUUCAUUAGGCAGAAUUAUAGUCCAUUAAAAUGAAUUUAGCAUCAUCUGUUUUUAAGUGGAGGAAGCAGGAGUCACAUCUGUUACUACACUGCUACGAACACUAAAUAUUCUCAUGGAUGACCUGUUCAUUUUCUUUUUAACAGCCCAGACAGUAACACACAUGAUCACUCAUCUGGUCAUGAACUUUUUUAACUUCCUGUGUUUUCUGACAUAAGGACGAAAACCAAAUUCCAUUCAAAAAUCAGACGUUUUUAGGAUUCCUCGUAGAGCUACUGUAGGAACAAGAGUGACAUCAGGCAUCUCAGUUUUCAUUUGGUCAAACGUUUCCUCAGCUCAGAUUAACCUCCCUCUCAGCUGAGGUAGAACCUGGUCUCCCUCCAUGUUGGCGUCAGGGUCAGUUUCCAGGUGGGCGGGGACAGUUUAAACCCAGGAUGAUGUGGUCACUCAGGUAAAUGGGACUUUGUUAUUGCACACGUUUGUCCACAGUUUUGAUGCUGCUGCAUCUGACUCUGUGUCGACUCUACACAAUGUUUCUGUUAAUAUCUGUGAUAAUAAUAAUAAUAAUUAUAAUAAUAAUGAUACUGUUCUUCUUCUUUGGUUUUUAUUUUUGUAUGGAUGGAGGGCUAAUGAAGGGAAGGGUCGCUUAUUUUCUCCUUCAGCUACGAUUUCUCGGUGAUAAAGUUGGCAAACACCAGCCUCCUGUUCUGCUCUGCAUGCUGAAUGAAUCAAUCUUUAUUACUGAACAUAAACACAAUGAGUAGGACAAUAACUCUGCAGAUCUCUGUACAUAUCACAGCGGUGGGACUGAAGCCUGCAGCUCUCAGCCUCUUUGAUUUUUUAAAUAUUUAUUGAUUGUGUCACACUGUGUUUUCUGGUACAUUUUAUUGUAAAGAAGCUGCACAGGCUCUGAAAGCAUGUGUUGUUCCAGCCGGCAGUAAACUGUAACGAUGAUCAGCUCCAAACAUCAGAUGAAUAAAAUUUUUAUAUGGUGCUUCAA